AUGUCUUCCGUCAACGACUCCAACACUGCACUGGUCGUCCGCGUCAACGACGGCGAGUCCCCCCGCUUCUCCAAAGAACAAAUCCCCAUACCUCGCCCCGAGGCUCAUCAGGUUUUGGUCAAACUUUCCCAUGUUGCACAGAAUCCCACGGAUGUGCAAUCCUUUGACGGCAACGCCUUCGGAGACGGCGUCGUUCUAGGCUGCGACUUUGUCGGCAAAGUGGUUGAGCUGGGACACGAGGUGACCCGACUAGUCAAGGGCGAUAUCGUUGCUGGUUUGAUUUGGGGGGGUGAAAUCAAAGGACUUGGCGCCUACAGCCAGUAUUGUCUGGCGGACGAGCGCAUCGCCUUCAAGGUGCCGGAAGGGAUUUCCUGCGCAGAGGCUAGUACUGUCCCUCUCGCGGCUGCCACCGCCUGGUUAGCUCUUUUGUCCAAGGACUGUCUGGCUCUCGAUCGAUUCCACGCCCAGGGUACCAGUGUUCUGGUCUGGGGUGGCAGCUCAAGUGUGGGUCUCUAUGCCAUCCAACUGGCAUCACACUAUGGUUUCGAGGUGGUGACCACCUGCAGUCCCCGGCACGCCGAACUGGUCCGGGCCUUCGGGGCCAAGCAUGUUUUUGACUACAAGGAUGAGACCACCAUAGAGAAGAUCAAGUCCGUCGUACCCAGUCUUCUGCAUGCCUUCGAUACCAUUGGGGUCAAGGGCUCGUCGGGGGCUGCCUCUCGGUGUUUCGCGGCGGGUCCUGGGACCAUCUGUACCGUGCGGCCUGGCAAAGCCAACACCCAAGAUGUCCUUCAAGGCACCCAAGUGACCGACGUCUUGGUGUGGACCGCCUUCUUAAAAGACCACGCCUACGGUAAAUUCAAGUGGCCCGCCCACCAGCACGACCAUGAACUCACCAGCGAGUUGUUUGAAAGGAUUCCCGCCUGGCUGCAAAGGGGAGAUCUCAAGCCAAGCAGGCCCAAGGUACUGGCAGGACUUGACUCGGUGCCGGACGGAUUUCAAGAAUACAGGGAUGGAAAAGUCUCGGCGUUUAAGAUAGUCUAUGAGCUAUGA